AUGCAGAUCAGCUCAGAGGGUGGUGGAGUCCCCCAGAAGGCCAUCGACGGCAGUACCAGCUCCUUCUUCAACCCCGAGACCUGCACUCUGACCAGGCCGGAGAGGAUCCCGUGGUGGUAUGUCAACCUUCUCGAGCCUUACAUGGUUCAGCUCGUCAGGCUGGACUUCGGCAAGCACUGCUGUGGUAAAAAUAAACCAGCUACAAUCGUCGUUCGGGUCGGCAACAACAGACCGGACUUGGCCACCAACCCCAUCUGCAACAGAUUUACGGGAUACCUCGAGGAAGGAAAACCACUGUUCCUGCCCUGCAAUCCACCUAUGCCCGGCGCCUUCGUGAGCGUCCACCUGGAGUCCACAGGCCCCACCAACCAGCUUUCAAUAUGUGAAGCCUUCGUCUACACUGACCAGGCUCUUCCCAUCGAAAGGUGUCCUCAGUUCAGAGAUCAACCACCUGGCAGCACAGCUACUUACAAUGGAAAGUGUUAUAUAUUCUACAACAGGCAGCCUCUUCCCUUGAAAGAAGCCCUAGCUUUUUGUCGUAAUCGUGGAGGAACUCUUGUAGAUGAGAGCAAUCCAGCACUUCAAGGGUUCAUUAGCUGGGAAUUAUGGCGCAGGCACAGAAGUGACACAAGUAGCCAGUAUUGGAUGGGAGCAGUCAGAGACCAUAAAGACAGAAAUAACUGGAAAUGGAUCAAUGGUGAAGAUGUAACUGUUUCAUUCUGGAACCUACCAGGAGGUGAUGAAGACUGUGCAAGAUUUGAUGGAUCCAAAGGUUGGCUGUGGUCGGAUACCAACUGCAAUGCAAAAAUAAACUAUAUAUGUCAACACCAACCCAAGGCAUGUGGCAGACCUGAACAGCCUCCCAAUUCAACAAUGAUUGCUGAAAACUUUAAUGUAGGAGCUGCAAUUGAAUACAAUUGUGAUGAAGGACAUUUAUUGGUUGGACCCAGCGCUCGUGUAUGCCUACCUACUGGGUUUUACAACGAAUUUCCACCUGUAUGCAAGAGAAUAGAAUGUGGGUUCCCAGCUGAUAUUCCUAAUGGUGGGUACCAACUUCUCAAUGGGACUGUUGGAUAUCAAAGUCAAGUCUUGUACUCCUGUGAUGAAGGCUAUAAAAUGUCUGGUAGAGCACAAUUGACCUGUGACUUGGAUGAGAGGUGGGAUGGUCCACCACCAAGAUGCCAACCAAUUCUUUGCGGCGAGCCACCAGUUGUUGAAAAUGGUGAUAUGUUCUUGUCUAACAAUAUUACGACCCCUGGUACAGUGGUUGAAUAUUCCUGUGCUUCUCCUAGGUACCGCUUGGUUGGGCCUAAACAAAUCACUUGCCUUCCCACUGGCAAAUAUGACAAAACUGCUCCUGUUUGUAAAGAACAAGUGAGACCAGCUUUACCUCCUACAGUGAAUCCUGUAACCAGAGUGACAACAAUAAGACCAACAGUAAUUAGAGAAAAACCCAGACCGUUCUCACCAGCGAGAAUUCCAACACCUAAACCAAUUACACCUGACCCUGAAAUAGACAAUAGGCUGAGUGAGACUAAGCAUGUGCCUCAUGUUGUCGUUGCCAAUCGACCAGACAUUGCUGAUGUUAGAAAUGACAUAGCUGGAAUUGAUUUACCAAGUCAUUCAUUACAUGAAGAUAGAACGAUGCUUGGAGCCAAACUGAAUCUAGGUGCUAUAAUUGCCCUUGGAAUAUUUGGAGGGUUUGUCUUCCUGGCAGCAGUUGUUACAACAGUUGUGAUAUUAAUUAAAAGGAACCAAAGUGCCAAACAUUACAGACAUCGAGGGUCACCAGAUAGCCAUACUGUGGCAUCGUUUGACUCAUCUGGUUCAGAGUCAAGGGGUGGACUAAAUCGUUAUUACCGCCAGGCUUGGGAGAACCUGCACCAGUCAACCAAACCACCUCCAGGUACUCCUGGGAGAAAGGAGAGCUCUGCUGAGCGGGAUGGGAGCGAGUUGGUAAUUAAUGACGCCUUCAGAGCUGAAAAGAAGAGGUCUCAUGGACACCACCACCACCAUGGCCAUCAUCACCAUCACCACGGUCAUGGCCAGGAUUGGAGGCAUAAGACCAAUAGAUAUUAA